AAUCAAAGAGAAGGCAGGAGAAUGAUGGGAAUAUGGGCAAUUUUGAUUAUUCUGCUGGGGGCUCUUCUGAUUCUCCUCUUCGUGAAACAACUCUGGUCAUGCAGUAACUACCCUCCUGGACCUUCUGUGUUUGCAGUCAUUGCAGUCCUGUGGCGAAAAGGGCUUAGGCUUCAUGAAGAUACUCUCAUCCAGCUGGCAAAGCAGUAUGGAAACAUUUAUACUGUGUGGCUGGGAGCUUUACCUAUGGUAGUGCUGUCUGGAUUCCAAGCCGUGAAGGAAGGACUGAUCAACCAUUCAGAAGAAUUCUCUGAACGACCAAUGACUCCACUCAUUAAAACUAUAGGAAGAGAAAGGGGUAUUAUAUUUUCAAACGGUCACACCUGGAAGCAGCAGAGACGCUUUGGUCUAGUGACUCUGCGGAAGCUGGGUCUGGGGAAGAAAGGCAUGGAGCACCAAAUAGAAGAGGAGGCCCAGCUGCUUGUGGAGACUUUUGCACGUGCAAAGGGACAGCCACUUGACCCCUCCUUGGUCAUCACCAGUUCAGUCUCCAACGUGAUAUGUGCUGUGACCUUUGGACACCGGUUUUCUCCUCAAGAUGAAGAAUUUUUGAAACUGAUUGAAGCUGUUGAUGUUGGCUUAAAAUUUGGACUUGGCAUCUUUCAUUUUUUCUAUGAAAUUAUCCCAGGGAUCAUGAACCAUCUUCCAGGGCCUCACAGGAAGGCAUUUUCUGCUUUGGACAUGAUGCUUUCAUUUGCAAGGAAGGAGAUAGAGAAGCAUAAGGAGCAACAAGCCCUUCAUGAGCCACAGGAUUUUAUUGAUUUCUAUCUACUUCAGAUGGAACGAAGCAGGAAUGAUCCAAGCUCUACCUAUGAUGAAGAAAACCUCGCUCAGUGUAUUGUUGACUUCUUUGUUGCUGGAACAGAGACAACUGCCACUACUCUGAGAUGGGCGUUGCUUCUCCUGACACAUCAUCCAGACAUCCAAGGCAAAGUGCAGAAGGAGAUUGAAAAUCUUUUCAGUUCAUCUCAUUCAAUCUGCUAUCAAAAUAAAAAGAAACUGCCCUACACUAAUGCCGUGAUUCACGAGAUCCAGCGUUUAAAAUACGCCUUAUUAUAUGGGCUCCCAAGGCAAUGUACAAAGGAUGUGAACAUGCUUGGCUUUCUCAUUCCCAAGGGUACCGUUAUUGUUCCAGACCUGCGCUCUGUACUUCUUGAUCCCGAGCAAUGGGAGACUCCUGAAGAGUUCAACCCUAAUCAUUUUUUGGACAAGGAUGGACAGUUUGUGGCUAGAGAAGAAUUUCUGGUAUUUGGUGAAGGAGCUCGUAUGUGUUUGGGGGAGGUGCUGGCAAGAAUUGAGCUCUUCAUCUUCUUGACCAGCCUGCUGAAGGCCUUCAGGUUUCAGCUGCCAGAAGGAGUGAAAGAACUCAAUCAAGAAUCCAUAACAGGGUUGAUGGCACAGCCCCACCCUUAUAAACUCUGUGCUGUUCCCCGCUGGAUCUCAUAAUAAAACAUAUGUAAAAAUGUGCAGUGGCUUAUUUAUCGUUGCAAUUUCACCCUCAUUUCUUUUCAAUUUAUCUGAUCUUCUGCCCUGAAUUGCACAGUUCAUUAUGUAGAGAACUUCUCCACUCUGUCAGACCUUAAAACAGUUCUUUGUUGCAAUUAGUUAACUGGUGUAAAUUGU